GUCAGUCCUGCGUUUAUUUCAGGAAUCGUUGGUCCUAUAAUGAUUGCAUUUCUUGUCGCGAUUCAGAGAAAAACAGAAACCGCGCCUGAAAUCCACAGCAACACGACUUCCUACUACCCCACCAUCCCUGCCACAAGGGAACUCUCCAAAUGCCGGCAACACUUUAUGUGGUGAGAACAACACCCCACUUUGCGCAUGCUCCACAUUUGUGUUCUGGCAAAGCGCCAGCGUCGUCGAUGGACUAGCAGCGCGGGUCGAAUUUGUGCUUUGUUGCAGACACCAAAUCACCAGUUUGUCUACACCCUGCAGAUCUGCCACUUCGAUAGUCUCUCUCGCAGUCGUACAUAAAGCUGAAUCGUUUGUAAGCUGAAGAUCAAGUCAAUCAACAAUGUCAGGCUCAUUGCGUAGAACCCACCUACUGAGGGGGCAGACUACUAUGAUGUCAGUCGUCUUGCUCCUGUCGAUAAUGGUGAAGGCAGAUCAAGAGAAGACCAGUUGCCUCGUUCCUGAUGACGUCCACCUUCUCUCUUUACUGAUAGAGAACGGUGGAGUCGUGCUUAGCCCCCCGGGCAACGAGGGGGACGUUGAACCUCGGCGCUCAGUCCAAGACAUUCAUAUUUUCAAUCCAACUAGCCUCCUGGGCGAUACUCCGUCAGAUUUGGACUGCCCUGUCGGGGAGAAAUCGCCCCAAGACGGGGCCGUGAACGAGAUCGCAACGUGUCCGUGGCGGUACGUUGUCGAUAGGGACCCGCACCGCUACCCGGUCAGCGUAUCUCACGCCGUCAACCGAUGCGGCGCCUGCCUGGACCAGCACGGUGCCUUGAUUGAGGGGACGAGAUGUGAACCAGUCCCCUACCUAACCAAGGUCUUACGCCAGAGGGGGUGUGACCAACGGGGCGGUAUCAUGCAGUACGACGUGGAAGACCUAGAACAGAUUGUAGCUUUCCAAUGCACCAUUAUACCCAAACGCCUCAAUGAGCGGAUUUAAACUUCUUUAAAGACGUGAAAUUUGGUUUUGAAGUUUAAAGAACUGUUAUGACCUCAUGAUUUUUCACCCAGGGAUGCGGUUGUCACGUUCACACACUUAAUGCUAGUAAAGUUGCAGAGCUAGAGCUGAAAGCUUACUGGGAUUAUUAUUAUUAUUAUUAAAUUAAAUUUAUAUAGUGCUCAUUCCAUAAAAUAUUCAAGAGCACGUUACAAUAUAAAAAAUUAACAAUCUAGCUACAAGGAUAUAUAGAAUAAAAUAGACCAAACAAAAAUGUUCUAAAUUAAUAAAAUGCUUUCUUAAAAAGUUUUUAACAUUGAUUUAAAAGUAAUAACACUGGUAACACACGUAAUAUGACAUGGGAGUUUAUUCCAGAGAUACGGAGCGCAAUAUUCAAAGGCUCGGUCCCCAAAGGUAACCUUACCCCGACUCACAGGGAUGUAAUACAGAAAUGUCUGCUUGAUUUGUCGUUGUUCGCUAAGUCAAUCGAUUAUUUUAAGUAUGUAAGCUUUCUUAGAUAUUGUCAAAUGCUGGUCAAGGUUUGCCUGGGUACAUGUAUUCUUAAAAAUUUCCUUUGCAAAUUAAGAGGAAGUUCUGUUAAAACCACAUUAAGAUUAUUUGAGAUACUUUCAUUGUCGCCGUAAAAAAUGUUCCAUACAUUAUGAAAUGGUUUAGCAUUAAAAUACAAGUACACAUACA